CGCUGAACGUUGGCGGACGCAGUGUGGUUUUCAGUAUGCAGAGGAGUUUCCAGCUGGGCCUGCUAAUCCUGGUGGUCCAGUUGUUCCACGAGGGUCUGGGAAACAUCCCAGCAGUCACGCUGGCGGUCCUGGGGUUCAACGUGUACCUUUACGUGUUCCCUGCUGCUCCGCCGAUAAAGGCCUGCGUGAGCCUCCAACGUGUGUACUGGGACAAGGACUGGGGUCGCCUCUUCCUGUCCCCGCUGCACCAUAUGGACGACUGGCACCUCUACUUCAACAUGGUGUCCUUCAUCUGGAAAGGCAUGAGGCUGGAGGGCCGUCUGGGUGCAGCCUGGUUCCUCUAUCUGCUGUCGGUCUUCUUCCUGCUCUACGGGCCCGUCUACCUGCUGCUGCAGGCGGCGCUGACCAAACUCGUUGAGGACUCCAACUCGUUAGAGGCGUUCAGAGACGAGUGUGCUGUCGGCUUCUCGGGUGUGCUGUUUGCUCUGAAGGUGGUCAGCAACCAUUACAACCCUGGUGGUGUGACCUACGUCUUGCAUAUCCGUGUGUCCAACCGCUUCGCUAGCUGGGCGGAGCUACUGCUGAUCUAUCUCAUUGCUCCCGGGACUUCUCUGGUUGGCCACCUGGCCGGGAUCCUGGUGGGUCUGCUCUACACCUGGGGACCACUGAAGACCAUCAUGAAGAAGUGUGCAGAGUUUGUAUCUUCAGAUUUAAAUGCUCCACGGCCAAGUGUAUUCUUCAGCUCCUCAGGCUACAGCGGGACUAGACGAGAACACUCAGAAGAUCCCCAGCCUGCAGAAGAUCACAUUGCCGAUGAUGCAUCUGAAUAUGCGGAGUCUUUCAUCGCAGGGCUGACGGAGGACGAGCAGAUAGACAUGGCGAUCAGAAGAAGCCUGAAUGACCGAGGACGAACCAGGCAAAGAGAAACUGAGCGGCCCACUGAGGAGGAGGAGCCUGCAGAAGAUCACGGUGCUGAUGAUGCGUCUGAAUAUGCGGAGUCUUAUGUCGCAGGACUGACGGAGGACGAGCAGAUAGACAUGUUGAUCAGAAGAAGCCUGAGAGACCGAGGUGAGAGAACGAGAACAAUUACUGGGCGGAGGCUGCUAAACAAAACCUUUCCAUGUGUUGGGAUGUUUAAUCAGCAGCAACGCAUCAUAUUCCAACAGAUCAUCAUGUUUGUUGUGUUGCUGUCCUGUAUCAACGGUUUAUAA